AUGACGAGCAUCGAGUUGGAUCCAUUGCAGCCACCGACAACGACAGAGGAGCCGGGAAAAGUCCAGCAUGUUGACGCCAUCUUCACUGAUGUGGAACAUGAGGAUCCUCAAGUCUAUUCAGUGUUUCCACUGACGCUGCGUACAUACCUCACUUACUUCCUCGGUUUUGCCAUGAUCUUAUCAACUUUGACAGCAACAAUCUACUUCCCCCUAAUCCCUAUCCUCAGCACUCAGCUACAAGUCUCUAUCCAGGCUAUCAACCUCACGGUGACAGUCUACGCAGUUGCACAGGCUCUUUCGCCAGCAUUCUUUGCCUCCCUGGCCGACAGCAUUGGCCGCCGUCCCGUGUUACUGUGCCUUGUGACACUCUACGCCAUUCCUAGCCUCGGCCUUGCUCUCAAUCGCACAAGCUAUCCGGCCCUGUUAACACUGCGUGCCCUCCAGAGCAUCGGAGGCUCUGCCAUACCCUCCAUUUCAUACGGUAUUGUCGCAGAUAUAGCCCCUGUUGCCGAACGAGGUAGCAUGCUGGGUCCUAUGCUGUCGACGUGCAACGGCAUCUCCGCUAUUGGACCAGUUAUCGGCGGCGCCGUUGCUCAUGGUACCAAAGGUGUGAGAUGGGUUUUUCUCUCUCUCUUUAUUGUUGCAGCUGUGUGUUUGGUGCUGGUUGGGUUCACGCUUCCCGAGACUGCGCGGACUGUCGUUGGAAACGGCAGCGUGCCAGCCGUGGGAAUUUGGCGGACGUGGUGGUCGGUACUUCGAAGUAAGAGGUCUCAAAAAGGAGAUGGCUCUGAUGAGCCAAAUCCAGGCAAGAAAAGGCAAGCCUGGCGAAUUUCCAACACUUUUGCUUCGUUCCGCAUCAUUCUCUACAAAGAUGCUGCGUUCGUGCUUUGGAUGGUUGCUUCUUCAUACUCUGUCUACUAUACGUUUCAAGUUGCAAUUCCGGUCAUCUUCUCCGAAAUAUACAAAUACAAUGAGCUUGAAAUCGGGCUUGUCUUAUUACCUGGGUUGGCGGGAAUGACGAUAGGAGGGAUUAUCGCUGGAAAGCUCUUGGACAGGAAUUACGCCAUUACCGCGAAAAAUCACAAUGUCGAGGCUCCAGAGAAGAACGAGACUUCUCGAAUCGACUUCCCCUUAGAAGUCGCUAGAUACAGGAAUUGCUUUGCCUUUAUUCUGAUAUAA